AUGCAGCGCAACGGUGGCGGCGUAGGCGUUGGAGGCCAGCCGUGGAUGUUUCGCCGCGUGCGUCUCACGUGGCUCAGUUUCAUGCUCUUCUUCAUCCUGGUCUUCUUCCCGCUUAUUGCCCACUACUACCUCACUACCAUUGAUGAAGCUGGGGAUCGCGACAAGCACAUCUUUGGGCCCCGGCCUGGCGGCGAGCUGUGCGAGGCCAAACAUGUGCAGGACCUGUGCCGUAUCCGCGAGUCGGUCAGUGAGGAGCUGUUGCAGCUGGAGGCAAAGAGGCAGGAGCUCAAUGGGGAGAUUGCCCGACUUAACCUGCGCAUCGAGGCUUGCAAGCGCAGCAUCGACAGCGCCAAGCAAGAUCUACUACAGCUGAAAAAUGUUAUCAGCCAAACGGAGCAUUCUUAUAAAGAACUGAUGGCCCAGAACCAGCCCAAGCUGUCGUUGCCCGUCAGGUUACUUCCCGACAAGGAGGAUCCGGGGCUGCCACCACCCAAGUCUCCACGCUCCUGCCGCCUGCGCUCCUGCUUCGACUAUGCGCGCUGUCCCCUUACAUCUGGGUUCCCUGUAUAUGUCUAUGACACAGACUCCUACCCAUGGGGGAGCUAUAUUGACCCUCUGGUAAAGCAGGCUUUUGUUGCAUCAGUUAAGAGCAACAUUUAUGUAACUAAUAACCCCAACAUUGCCUGUCUGUAUUUGGUUCUGGUAGGAGAGCUGCAGGAGUCCCCUUCCUUCCCACUGCCAUCUCCUUCAGAGCUGGAGAAGCAACUGAAAGCUCUUCCUUACUGGAGGUCUGAUGGACACAACCAUGUACUGGUGCAUCUCUCUAGAAAGUCUAUGACACAGAACUUCCUGUAUAAUGUGAGCACAGGGCGAGCAGCAGUUGCUCAGUCCACUUUCCUGGAGCAGCAGUACCGUGACGGUUUUGACCUAGUUGUGUCCCCGCUAGUUCAUGCCCUCUCUGAACCCAACUUUUUAGAAGUGCCACCUCAAGUUCCCGUGAAGAGGAAAUACCUUUUCACAUUCCAGGGGGAGAGGGUGGAGUCCCUGAGGAGCAGCUUACAGGAGGCACCGCCCCAGUCUUUCGAGGAGGAAAUGGAAGGAGAUCCACCAGCCGAUUAUGACGAUCGCAUAAUCGGCACCUUAAAGGCAGUGCAGGACAGCCACUUGGAUCAGGUCCUUGUGGAAUUCACCUGCAAGAACCCGAGGCCAAGUUUGCCAACAGAGUGGGCUCUUUGUGGAGAGAGAGAAGACAGACUGGAGGUCCUCAAGGUUUCUACCUUUGCCCUGGUGAUUGCUGCAGGGGAUGGACAACUUGUAGCAUCAGCAGGCUUUGGGAUGAGGCUGUUUGAGGCUUUAGAAGUGGGGGCUAUCCCUGUUGUCCUGGGGGACCACUCCCGACUGCCUUACCACCAGUUUAUUCGCUGGAGUGAAGCUGCCAUUUUGGUCCCCAAGCCCCGUGUAACAGAGCUACAUUUCCUCUUGAGGAGCCUGUCAGACAAUGACAUGUUGGCUAUGAGGCGACAGGGCCGCUUUCUGUGGGAAACAUACUUCUCAACCUCAGAAAAUGUUCUCAACACCAUUCUGGCCAGUAUCAGAACCAGCAUCCAAGUUCCUGCUGCACCCAUCAAAGAAGAGCCAGUUCAUGAGAUUCCCCACAAAGCCGGGAAGUUGGCUGGGACAGAUGCCAACCUGGCCGACAACGGUGAUCUGGAUUUGGGUCCCGUCGAGACGGAGCCUCCUUAUGCCUCUCCACGCUUUCUCCGCAACUUCACAUAUACAGCUGCAGACACUUACAGAUCAUGGAACCGGGCCCCGGGGCCCUUCCACCUGUUUCCUCACACUCCUCUUGACCCGGUGCUGCCCUCUGAGGCCAAAUUCCUUGGCUCAGGUACUGGUUUCAGGCCUAUUGGAGGAGGUACAGGAGGCUCUGGAAAGGAGUUUCAGGCUGCUCUGGGUGGGAAUGUUCCCCGAGAGCAGUUCACUGUAGUCAUGCUGACUUAUGAGAGGGAGGAGGUCCUGAUGAACUCUCUCGAGAGGCUGAAUGGACUGCCAUACCUUAACAAGGUAGUGGUAGUGUGGAAUUCUCCCAAGCCUCCUUCAGAUGACCUGCUGUGGCCAGACAUCGGCCUGCCCAUUGUGGUGGUCCGCACAGAAAAGAACAGCCUCAACAAUCGCUUCCUUCCCUGGGAUGCCGUGGAAACCGAGGCAAUCCUGUCUAUCGACGACGACGCUCACCUUCGCCACGAUGAGAUCAUGUUUGGUUUCAGAGUGUGGCGUGAGGCCAGAGAUCGCAUCGUAGGUUUUCCUGGGAGGUAUCACGCGUGGGACGUCAACCACCAGUCCUGGCUCUACAACUCCAACUACUCCUGUGAGCUCUCCAUGGUCCUGACAGGAGCUGCCUUCUUCCAUAAGUACUACGCGUACCUGUACUCCUAUGUGAUGCCCCAAGCUAUUAGGGAUAUGGUGGACGAAUACAUCAACUGCGAGGACAUCGCCAUGAACUUCCUCGUCUCUCACAUCACCCGCAAACCACCCAUCAAGGUGACGUCUCGUUGGACUUUCCGCUGUCCGGGCUGCCCUCAGGCCCUUUCGCACGACGACUCGCAUUUCCAUGAGCGACACAAGUGCAUCAACUUCUUCGUCAAAGUCUACGGCUACAUGCCGCUGCUGUACACGCAGUUUCGUGUGGACUCGGUGCUGUUUAAGACUCGAUUGCCCCACGAUAAGACCAAGUGCUUCAAGUUCAUUUAGCGUCUGGGCGAGCGUCAGCAAAGAGCCAAAAGCAGGGUGAACUGAAGGAGUGAAAAUAGGAGUGAAAAACAGCACCUUCCACUGCAAGCAGUAAUAAAGAUGGAUGGGUGGGCUGCAGGGCAAAUGGAAAGUAAGCCCAGAAAGACAAGUUAAAAGCUGUUGGCUGGCGGUCUAAUCAGCAACACUACUAAAAAUGUGAGGAGUGGAAGCUGGAAGGGACCACUGCCAACAAAAAGAAGCCUUUUCAGUGGAUGUCACUCUUUUUCCCCGUGUUCUCUAAUCAUGCUCAGUCAUCAAACCACUAGCUGCAGAUGUCAUUUGCACCUCUUAACCGCCUGCUGAGGAACGAGGGCGGGGUGUACACAGUGUACAGAAAUUCUCCCAGGUUAGCAACACCUGAUGAUGGGGUUGGCGAGUAACUGACAGAUGCCAGGCUGCGUUUGACCCAGCAGACUUUUAACGGUUACAGCUGAGAGAUCAAACAGCACACGGCCGCCACUACGCUUUUGUUUUACGGUUACAAACUGUACGUCUUGUACAUGUAUAUGAGCGAAGCACUGAAGGUCAGAAGUAUUUUAUUGAUCUUUUUUUUUUUAUGAUGUCGUUUAAGUGUAAAUCUUUAUGUGGAGUGAACCUUUUCCACAACCCCUGCCUGUGGGAGAUCAGGCAGGACCUCGAUUGAAAGUCAGCCCAAUCAUGUUUUAAGUAUCGUCGAGUGCUCAAGGGGGAAAAUUCACUUCAGCGGUCACCAUAAUGCCUCAAAUUUGUCAUGAAAACCAGCCACCAUUUUGUCAUUUCAUAUUGCUUACACGAUCUGGACUCAGUGGAAGUGUUUGAAACAGCUUGAUUUUUUUUUUUAUACUAUGAUGUUUGUAAAAUUAGACGUUAAAAAGUAGUAUCGGCUAAUCAAUGUUCCCAGGUAAAGUGCAACAAAGUCAAGAAUAACAGCUGCCAAAAUCAACAAAACAUUGACUUUAUUAUUGCUGAAAGUUUUCAGUAAUGGUCAGAAUUAUAGGAAAAUCUUAAAGAGAACAAUGAUAUUUUGUUUAAAAACACUUACUUUGUUUCCGGUGGAGAAGUGGAGCAGGAUAUCAAUCCCUUUCUCCAAACAGGCUCUUAAAUAUCAAAUCAAAGCCAACAGCUGAUGACCUUAACGUAGCAUAAAAUAAAGACUGGAAACUACCCUGGCUCUGCUUAAUGGUACCAAAUACUGCCCAAUUGCACCUGUAAAGCACACUAAAUAAUCCAAUGGUUCUCAAACUGUGGGGCCAGCCCCACUCUUGGGGCAUAGACCCCCUGAAGGUGGGGCUUGAAGGACAAGGAAAGAACUCCGAGCUAAAGUGAAUGGAGAUGGUUUUUGUAUUGUAAAUAAAUUGACGCUAUGACGCUGACAUUUAUUUUACUUUAACAUUAAACUUGUUAUUGUCACAGACAAGUGGGAGUGAUUGAAUUGCGUUUGAUUCGUGUAUUGCUUUCCACCUGCUUUAAUACUGAGGAUUAUGGCAGCGGGCUUGUGUAUGUUCUCUACAGAGGAAAUAAAAAGAGGAGGGUGAUGGGGAGAAAAUAAUGUGUAGUCAGGUCCACAAUAGUGUAUACAUACCACCAAGGAGAGCAGCCAAUUGUAUUCAACCUUGCUAACACACAGCAACGGAUGAGCUUAUCAGCAGAAGGGGUAAACAGUGAUGAGUCAUAACCUUUGCCUGGCUCUUUAAUCCCCUUCUUACAGUUAAUAGGAACCGUACACCAACAAGUUGACAUUAGCAAACUUGACGGUUGUAAAUUCCUGGCCUGAUGGGCGGCUGGGUUUGUAUACAGUAGUGUAAAAGCCUGGGUGUCGGGCAUGUUAUAAAAGCUUUGAGAACCAUUGAAUGAACCCUUUUUGAUUCAUUUUAUGGGGAGAUUUGCUAAAAUGUUUAUACCGUUUCCAGUCUUUGCAUUAAGCUAACAGCUGCUGGCUGUAGUUUGUUCAGUCACAGUAGGGAAAACAGGUGUUGGAAACUAUCGCAGACAAGUUGCACUCAUCAGCCCUGACUGACUCAGAUUGAUUGCAGUCAGUCACCACAAUCUGUCUUCAUUUGUAACUUAGGCAGCACUUCUGUGCAAGCCUUUGCCAAUCUGUCAGAGUGAUUGCAUUUGGUUGAAGUCACACCACGACUGUUUGGAGACGGGUUGGGUUCUAAUAGGCAACUGGUGCAGUCUCCUCUGAAUCAAAAGUGCCCAGAGUUUGAGGGUGCUGCUUACUCAACCUGUAGGCAACCAGUUGCAAAAAUGCAACCAAAAAAAAAAAACCUUCAAUGUUUUGGGUUUUUUUCAUAGUCACAAGCAGGUUGCCAUCCUAUUUUUACUCCAGUGUGACCGAGCCAUAACAAAUAUGAGCUUGCUUUCCACCAGCAGGCAAGCCUGUUUUCUAAACUGUACAACUUGUCUUUAAACACUUCUAACUUUUCAGUACAGGUAUUCAGUAUGUUCCACCAUAAUCACGUCAUCCCUCUGCAGAGAACUCUCCCACCUCGGACAAAAAAGUCACUUUACAGUGUCGCCAUAUUGGUUUCACUUCAUCUUCGACUGUUGCUUGAUGAAUGUUUUCUUUGCCAAAUAGGUACGUUGUCUGCUGCUUUCCAGCGUAGUUUGCAGGUGCAGAUACUAGGUGAAAGGAUGCAGUCUGGUACACCCACUUCCACUUUGCAUGGUACUUGACCAGAAGUCAGUCCACUGGAGCCCAAUCCAUCAUGUACGAGUGCUUUAUUUGACCUUGUCAAGACUUAAUUCAUGCAAUCUAAAUAAAAGGCAUAAGAUUCUUAUAAAUGUCAUUCAGAUUAUGUUCUGUGAGGAUGUUUUUAUCAAACAAAAUGUCAUAAGGCCAGAGUUCCUGUGUAUUUAUUGAAUAUAUUACUGAAAAAGAUUUUUGUUUUUUAAACCGAUACUGAAACAUGCAAUAAACUGUCAAGAUAUUGUAGUUUAAUAGACCUGAAAACAAAGAAAUCUCAACCUGACUGUCAAACUUGUCAUUGCCAAAGAAAACUAGCUGGUGCCACUGACUGAGAGCUAAUGGAUGACUUGUUUUUAAAAAGAUUAAUUUGAAAACAGAUAGUGAGGGGACAAUAGUGGAGUUUCUUUGAAUCCGAAUCUCCGCCUGCUCCAUAUUGCUACUCUUGCUCCGUAAUCCCUCCAAGUGAAACAUAAAAAUGUUGGAUCAGGCCUUUUUACCCAAGAGGGAUAAACACGGAGCCAGAUUUCUAAUUAGUGUGGGCGAAAAUGGCUGCGCAGAGUCCAAAUUUCCACUUUGUGUUGCUGCACUGAACUAGAAAAAACAGCCUGGCUCCUAACCUCAUGUCUGAACACUUUUAUUGGCACUCCAGGGGCCUCAUAAUUACCUGGCUGACUCUAAAACAGUCCUCGGGGCUCUGUUGGGGUCAGCUGGUGUUCCUCCGGUCCCUGUAGUUCCCACCCUCGAGGAUCUGUGGCACAGCUGGUUUUCUGUGGCUCGGAGCAGGAUGAAUUUGCCUGGAAGGCUGCAGUCACUCUGCUAGGUGUAGAGUUGUGAAAAAGGAAGAAAAAAAAAAAGUGCUCCUGGGUCUGAUCCCCAGCUGUGGGUGAGGCUCCAGCCACCUGCAGCGUUGUACCAGACUGAUGACUGAUGACAGCGUCAAACAUACCAUUGAAGGCCAGAUGAAUGGAAAUAAAAGCUCUCAACGUUGUUAAAAAAA